GGAAUAAUUAUAUUUAUGAAUUAUAAUAAUCAAGAUACAAUUGUUGGACUACUACGAAGAAUGUUAAAGCGAGUAGUCGUCAGCGGAAGAAAGACAAAGUUACGUCCGAAUGAUCAAGAAAUCUACAUUCCUCUUGAUCUCCAGAUUGAUACACUCUUAAGAUUGCCUGUGAAGUCUUUACUGAGAUUUCGAUGCGUCUCCAAGCUUUGGUCCUCUAUCAUCACCAGCCAAGAUUUCCAAAAACGGUAUUUGAAUAUUGCUUCUUCCUCAUCUCCUCGUCUUCUCAUUGCUUUUGAAGACUUCUACGGAGAAAAACUUAUGUUAGUCUCCUCGCCUAACCCAAACACAUCUUUGUCUUCCUCUUCUUCUUCAUGUUGUGUACCUUACGAAGAUUUGAGCCUACUCAACAUUAAAGGGAAAACGGUGUGCAAUGCGGGUCGGGGUUUGAUUUGCGUUGGAGGUUAUAUAAAUGCUGGGAUUUGUAAUCCCAGCAGGAGACAGCUGCAUACAUUUCCCGACUUCGAAUUCAAAGAGUAUCCACAAGUUUUUCCACACCCCAGAUACAUGUUUGGGUACGAUCCUGUUGGAGAUCAGUAUAAAGUACUUGCCGUUGGAUUGCCUUGGAGAUUGGAGCAUAAGGUUAUUGUGUUGGGAGGAGAAGAAGCUUGGAGAGAGGCUCCUAAUUCUAUAAUUGUGAGUUUUGAUGUUAGGCUUGAAACGUUCAACAUCAUCAAUGUACCAAGCAGACUUAUACCAAUGGGUUAUGAGAAUAUGUGGCUUGCUGAUAAGUGGGCUAUUACAGUUACAGAUAAAACUCUGAUCAACUACAGAGGUAAAAUUGGUGUGGUUGAGAAACCUCGUAAGGGUAGUUUUCGAAUGUGGGUUGUGGAAGAUGCUGAGAAAGAGGAAUGGUCCAUGAACACUUUUCAUUUGCCCCAGUCAGCUGCUGGUGUUGACUUCAACGUCAUGGAUACCUUUUAUAACGGCGAAAUUUGUCUAGUUCGAAAAGAAUUGUCGGAUCCGUUUCGUCUUUUCUUUUACAAUCUGGAUAGGAAAAGCAUGAGAAGUGUCACAAUUGAAGGACUGUUUCCGAUUACUACGAGAGUUUAA